UAAAUGGAAAGAUCAAGUGAAACAUUUAAUUUCAGUGAUCUGAAAAUCAAAUUGAUAUUUGACAAAAAACUCUGGCGAAACAUAUGAAAGCAAAGCAACACCAAUAAAAGAAAAAGCAAAUACAAACAAAAUAAAUCAAAUUGUGAUAAUUGAUAAUUGUGAUAUUAACAAAUUUAAAAAUUUGCCAAUAAAAAAGCAAAAAUAAACACAAAAAUUUGUGCGCCAUAUUCCAAAGUCUUAUAAAGAAAAUAAACUAAAACUAAACUAACAAAAUGCCUGAGCUCAUUGAACAAAGCAAAAUUAUCUCCGCCAAUGGCUGCGGUCUUCCCCAACUGCACAAGCAGCGCCAGGACAAUUGUGGCCUCUACAGCCACAUCCGUGGCAUCCCCACUUCCUAUGGCGAUGUCAACUCCUUGACAGCUGGCGUGCGCAGCUUCGUCGAAGAGGCGAUUGCCCUGUGCCAGCCCGAUCAGGUGCACAUCUGCGAUGGCAGCGAGCAGGAGAACAAGAUUCUCAUCAAGACUCUGCUCGAGGAAGGCACCAUUGUGGCCUUGCCCAAGUACGAGAACUGCUGGUUGGCUCGCACCAAUCCCGCUGAUGUGGCGCGUGUGGAGUCCAAGACCUUCAUCUGCACCGAGGAGCGCGAGGAGACUAUUCCCACGCCCAAGGAUGGUGUGAAGGGCACUUUGGGCAACUGGAUUUCACCCAUCGACAUGGAGGCUGCCAUCCAGCAACGCUUCCCCGGCUGCAUGAAGGGACGUACCAUGUAUGUGGUGCCCUUUAGCAUGGGUCCCGUUGGCUCGCCCCUCUCCAAGAUUGGCAUCGAAGUCACCGACUCCGCCUACGUUGUGGCCUCCAUGCGCAUCAUGACCCGCAUGGGAGCCUCUGUGCUCCAGCAGCUGGCCAAGAAAGAGGAGUUCGUGCGUGCCCUGCACUCUGUGGGCACCCCAGCCAAUGGUCAAGUGGAGCAGCCAUCGUGGCCCUGCGAUCCUGAGCGCACCAUCAUCCUGCACAAGCCCGCCGAGAACCUGAUUGUCUCCUAUGGCUCUGGCUAUGGCGGCAACUCUUUGCUGGGCAAGAAGUGCUUCGCUCUGCGUAUUGGCAGCACCAUUGCCAAGCGGGAGGGUUGGCUGGCCGAGCACAUGCUCAUCCUGGGCAUCACCGAUCCCAAGGGCGUCAAGAAGUACAUCACCGCCGCCUUCCCCUCGGCCUGUGGCAAGACCAACUUGGCUAUGUUGAACCCUUCGCUGGCCAACUACAAGGUGGAGUGUGUGGGAGACGACAUCGCCUGGAUGAAGUUUGAUUCCCAAGGAGUUCUGCGUGCCAUUAACCCAGAGAAUGGCUUCUUCGGUGUUGCACCCGGCACCUCAGUGGAGACUAACCCCAUCGCCAUGAACACUGUGUUCAAGAACACCAUCUUCACCAAUGUGGCAUCCACAUCGGACGGCGGUGUCUUCUGGGAAGGCAUGGAGAGCAGCCUGGCUCCCAAUGUACAAAUCACCGAUUGGCUGGGCAAGCCCUGGUCCAAGGAUUCGGGCAAACCUGCCGCACAUCCCAACUCCCGCUUCUGCACCCCUGCCGCGCAGUGCCCCAUCAUUGAUGGCGCCUGGGAAGAUCCAGCUGGUGUGCCCAUCUCUGCCAUGCUCUUCGGUGGACGUCGUCCAGCUGGUGUGCCUCUGAUCUACGAGGCUCGUGACUGGACUCACGGUGUCUUCAUUGGCGCCGCCAUGCGCAGCGAGGCCACCGCAGCAGCUGAGCACAAAGGCAAGGUGAUCAUGCACGAUCCCUUCGCGAUGCGUCCCUUCUUCGGCUACAACUUUGGCGACUAUGUUGCUCAUUGGUUGAGCAUGGAGAAGCGCGGCCAGGUGCCCAAGAUCUUCCAUGUCAAUUGGUUCCGCAAGAGCGAUCAGGGCAAAUUCAUGUGGCCCGGAUACGGCGAGAACUCUCGUGUGCUCGAGUGGAUUCUGCGUCGUUGCAAUGGAGAGUCGUGCUAUCAGGACUCGGCCAUUGGUCGCAUUCCCGCUGAUGGGGAGCUCAACUUGGCUGGCAUGAAGGAGCAGACGGAUCUGAAGCAGCUCUUCUCGCUGCCCAAGGACUUCUGGACUCAGGAGGUGAAAGAUAUCCGCAACUACUUCGAGUCCCAAGUGGGCGCCGAUUUGCCCGCCAGCAUUUAUGCUGAGCUGGAUAAGCUGAGCGAGCGCGUUGCCGAUUUGUAAACGAGUCGAAAAGCUUUCGAGCUGAGAAUUUAUUGCAAACAUUUCACAACACAAUACACAAACACACAUCUUUACCCGCCCUGCAACACCUUAUACCGAUAGGCAACUAUCCCAUACCCAUA